AUGGAGGCUCCUCAUUCUUCAAGCCCUUCUCAUCAAUAUCCCCAAGCAAUUCAGCUUAAGCUUUACCAGGCUUUUAUAUUCUCAAUUCCUAUACUCUUCUCCAUCAUUCUAUUUCUGUUAUUCUAUUUGUUCUACCUCAAGCGACGGGCUUCGAACUUUUCGGCAGCUCCACCGAUUCUACCGAGGACUAUUCACGACUCCACACCUCACGUUACAACGUCAUUUGAUUCGGAUUUGAAAGCCGAGCUGAAAAACCAGCUUUCCACAGUCUUGUUUGAUGAAUAUCUAAAAGCGAGGGAUUCACUAGAGAUUGUCUUUGAACCAAGCUUGAUGAGCAAGGAGGCUACAACUCUGCAAUUUUGUGAAUCAGAGGAAGUGUGUGCAAAUUGCUCGUCACCAGACUUCCAUGGGAUAGAGCCGUAG